AUGGACCAAUGUUCAGCUCGACGACGGCAAUCAUGGCUGCCGACCCGUUUCUUCUCUUCCUCCAGCGUCGGCGGCAGAAGCCCCAGGAGGAGCACCUCCAUAGAGAGAGCCACUUUCGGGGAGGUUUGUGGCGGCGCGACAGCUGAGUGCGCGGCUAUUUGUUGCUGCUGCCCUUUGACGAUAGCCAACUUUUUAGUUCUGGCAAUUUACAAAAUCCCCGCGGGGCUAUUUCGCCGUGCUCUCCACCGGAUGCGACAGCGGAAGUUGCCGGAAAAGGGUUUGAAUCAGCUGGGUUUUGAGAUUCCGGCAGCGGAUGGUGUGGAGGAAUUUUUCCCAGGUGUGGAAGGUUGUGAAGAGACUGAGAAAGCCGCCAAGGAACUGGAAAAAGAGAUGUGGCAAAAAUUUUAUGGGACUGGGUUUUGGAGAAGUCCUUCUCAAACCCACAAUUAA